AUGGCACCAAACGAUAACCAUUUCCCAUCUUCAAAGCCACCAUCCACCGCUCCUCCUCCUCCUCCGCCGAUCCCAAAUGGAUCAUCAACAAACUCUAAACCCAAUCCCCUCCCGCCACGUCAGCCUAUCCGUCAACAGCUCUACUCCGACCCCCGUCAACAACAACAACGACGGUGGCAGCGGCCAAGCAACCGCCGGAUCUGCUGCUGCUGCUGCUUCUGGUCGAUCCUAAUCCUCCUCAUCACCCUCCUCGUCGCUUCUCUCCUCGCAAUCGGACUCUACGUCGUCUACCAGCCUCGUCCGCCGUCGUUCACCGUCGCCUCGCUCCGAAUCCACCGCUUCAAUCUCACCGCGUCCCCCGAUUCCUCCGCCGCGCACCUCUCCUCCCUCUUCAACUUGACGCUGAUCACCAAAAACCCUAACUCCCAGUUCGUCUUCGAUUACGAGCCGUUGGUACUCUCCGUCGUGACUGAUCCGGACGCGAUCUUCCUCGGAAACGGCACGGUUCCGGCUUUCUCGAGCGGAGAGAGGAAUCUGACUUCGUUCAGAGGAGUCGUGCUGACGUCCACGGAGGCUCGCGAGCUCGAUUUCGGCGAUGGAUUGGGAUUGAAAUCGGAUUUGAAGCGGAGGAGUGGAUUGGAUCUGAAGAUAGUGAUGGACACCAAGGUGGAGAUUAGAAUGGGGAAAUUGAAAAGCAAGAGAGUUGGGAUUAGAGUUUCUUGCGGCGAGAUUAGAGGGAGCUUGCCUAAAGGUAAAGCCGUUUCGAUGGCGUCCACUGAUAAGUCCAAGUGUAAGGUUGAUCUCAGGAUCAAGAUCUGGAAUUGGACAUUUUAA